AUGUCUGUUUCUGAGCAGCUAUCAGCACUGCUGGCAGCCUAUCCAGCGAAGUCAGCUAACUGCUGGCUUUGUUCUUUUUCUGACCUACCUCAUCUAUCUUCCAUGGCUGUACCAACGGUCAACUGUCCUUCAGCAAAUGUAGUGAAGCAGGCGAUCAGUCAGAUUGUAAAUACAAUACAAAACUUCUGCAACUCGAACUCGUCUAACCCUCCAAUAACGUGGGUAGGAGUGAUAGGAGGAGACAGGCUCGUGGGGCAGAUUUUGCGGGCUUACGUGGAAUGUCUUCAUCAUAAAUCCUCGAGCCACUGGCUUCACUAUCUUCGAUUUGCACUCAUACCGGCCCCUCACUCCUUGAUGGCAAAGCUUCUUGAGGGACACGAUGUAGCGUUGGACCAGUUGUGUCGCGAUAUGUGGGAUCGUUGGACAGAAUUAAGUGCUCAGGAAAGGCUUGCGAUCACAGAGAAGAUGAACACGUGGUUGACAGCUGGUGGAGGCGCUUGUCUGAAUCUUCCUAUUGGGGAAGCACUACUGCAGUUGACUGAGAGAGGGCAAGACGCAGAUGCGUGCCGUGUUUUCGUCCCCUUCCUUACGGAAGUUCGCGUUGGCCAGAGCUCCGAGGAUGAGGAUAGCUCUUAUAUUUUCUCUUCUCCACGAGGGAUGGAGAGUGAUAAGGAGUUCAACUUAUCUGGACGUGAGCGAGAUUACUCCACUGGAGUUGGUGGUUCGCCCCCGAACAGCCCUCAGGUACGAACUGAUGCUCAUGAAAUGCAUGUGGAAUAUUGGCUUGGAAGGGAUCCAUCCAAUGAAAAUGUCAACAUGUUGGCUACUCAAAAUUUGACUCCGAACUCUAAAAAGGACGUCAGUAAGGGCUCCAUGAAGGCCACAUUCCGAACACUUGUGAUUACCCGAUCAUGUAAUCAACAUUUGCUGUCAUUGAAUUUUGUCAAGGAGAAGAAGAAGGAAAAAAUGCUGCAGAAAUUGGGUAUGAAGAAGGGUCAGGGAUGA